AAAAGGCGUUGCCUUAUAUCAAUACUCAUCCCUAUCUUGCACCUGAAGACUUUGGAGGAAUGUAGAGAUUUCAGAAAAUCCCAAAAACAAAACACUUUAGAUUUCAUUUCGAUCGCUAUUCCUCCCAUGCAUUUUUUUGAUUAAUCGAAUCUUUGUUUUCUUUUUCAACUUCGAACUUUUGAUUUCCCUCCGUUCAAUAUAUCAUUGAACUUAACAAUCAUAUGUUUCUGUGGCAAUUUGUGUCUUUCUUGCUUGUUAUAUGAUGGAUAACAUCAACUUUGAAUUCUCAAACGCUUCACAAGGAAGCCGGCUACAGUUGCAGCAACAACCGCCCCAGCCGUUUAAUUUACAAGACUUGAAUAUGAUUCAAUACAAUCAACCAUCAUCUCCUUGGACUACGGAGACCUUCUCUGGUCUAACUCCGUACGAUUGCACAGCCAAUCAAUCUUUUCCCGUACAAUGUUCAUCUUCAAAACCCUACCCUUCCUCGUUUCAUCCGUACCAUCAUCAAUCUUCUGAUUCUCCAUCAUUAGACCAAUCUGUAUCGAUGAUUCCUAUGCAGCCUCUUCCGGAUCAAUAUAUGAAGCCAUUAUAUCAAAGAUCUUGCUCGAACGAUUUUGCCGCAACAAAUGCUUCAUCAGCCUCUUACUCGCUUUCUUUUGAAGCAAGUCAUGAUCCACAAGAACUAUGCAGAAGGACCUAUAGUAAUUCUAAUGUAACACAUCUUAAUUUCACAUCAUCACAACAUCAACCUAAACAGAGUCAUCCAAGAUUUUCUUCUCCUCCUUCAUUCUCAAUCCAUGGAGGGUCUAUGGCUCCUAACUGUGUGAACAAGACACGGAUAAGAUGGACUCAAGAUCUUCAUGAGAAGUUUGUGGAGUGCGUUAAUCGUCUUGGUGGCGCUGAUAAGGCGACGCCCAAGGCGAUAUUGAAGCGGAUGGAUUCUGAUGGACUCACAAUAUUUCACGUUAAAAGCCACUUACAGAAGUAUAGAAUUGCGAAAUACAUGCCUGAGUCUCAAGAAGGUACACUAAUAAAUCUCUGCACUAACUUUUUUUGGACAAAAAUAAAAAUUGAUAAUUUGGGAAUAACACAAUUCUAAAGAGUUUUGUGUUGCAGGCAAGUUUGAGAAAAGAGCUUGUGCAAAAGAGCUGUCUCAGCUUGACACAAGAACUGGAGUGCAAAUUAAAGAGGCACUUCAGCUUCAACUAGAUGUUCAGAGGCAUCUUCAUGAACAACUAGAGAUUCAACGAAACCUACAACUAAGAAUCGAAGAACAAGGGAAACAACUGAAAAUGAUGAUGGAACAACAACAAAAAAACAAAGAGAGUCUUCUGAAGAAGCUACCAGACGCUGAAGCAUCAUUGUCUCUUCUCGAUCCCCAUAUUCACUCUCCUCCUUCGCCUUUCUUGGUACACGACGCUGAAGCCCUGAUGCUAACAAGUUAUGAAGACACUCAACUCCAGUCCACCAAAAGUUGAAAAAUGAGAGAUACUCUGGCUAAAUUAGAAAAGGCCUAAAGCAUGUUUCUACUCUAUUCAAAGUGGUAUAAAGUUAUAAGAGUCGCGACAAGAAUGUCCAAAGUGCUACACACACUAACACUUGGAAACAGAAUCAGGUACUAAAUGUGAGCAAGUGGUGUGUGAUGGGGUCGAUCUCUGUCAUAGACUAAUAGAUGUGUGAGAUUUUUUUUUUGGUAGACUGGAGGAGACCACUGUCUCCUACAUUUUAUUUAUGAAAUGAAACUUACAACCGAACAUGUCGGGGAAACGAAGUCCCCAUAACAUCCUCUAACAAAAUCGAAC